GCAGUCCUGUGUCGCCCCCCGUCGUCUUUCUCGCAGAUAGUGUGCAAGUUUGCCCCUCCGUGUUGUUGCAAUAACCUCACGGUACCAGAUUUCUCACCCUCACGCUGGGGCGCACUGUUUAUACAACUGGAGAAGUCUUCACACCAAAAUGUCCAUAGCAGUCUCUAUCCCAAUCAUUUGGCAAACAGCACCAAACCCCCUCUCAAAACAACCUCCGAUCAUUUGGCAUCAUCGGCACCAUCGCCCAGCCCCGCCCCUGCAUCACCAGCUCCAUAUAAACCCCGAGAGCGAAUCUCCUUUAUUCAUUCACUUCGACUCAUCCACAGCGCACAUCGCUCGGAGAUCUUCCAAAAACAGGACUAUUUGGGACUAUCGCCAAGAAAAAGAGAGAAAGAGAAAGAUGAAUUCCGUGUGCUUUGCCGCUCCUCUUUGCAAUACUAUGAACACUAAGAUCCAGCAGUCCAGCAGCCCAGCUUCCCUGUGGAGACCGUGGCUCGUGACCAGACAAGAUGCUCAAACUGAAUGCCGGAAAACCAAGCUGGCUUGUCCUUACUCCAGGCCAGAAGUGCCCAGUAACACUACAACAGAUGGCAAGAUGCAAUCUUUCCAGCACCCUGUCAGGCUGUACUGGCCCAGAUCGAAAUCCUUUGACUACCUCUUCAGCGAUGGCGAGUCCCUGCUCAGAAAUUUCCCAGUGCAGGCCACCAUUAACUUCUACGAUGAGUCAGACAGCGAGGAGGAGGAGGAGGACAGCUGUGAUGAAGAUGACGACAGCGAAGACGAGGAGUGUCUUAAACUUAACAGUCACUUCACCAGUUACAACUGAGCGUUCAACCUCACCCGCCGUCUCUGCAAAUGUGA